CCCUCCCUCUGAGGGUGAAAAGAGCUGAGGCGGCGGCGCCGCCAUUUUGUGCUGAAGCUGCCUCAGGAUGGACUCGAAACGCGAACCGGAGCUGCCCGCCGUCCCCCGAGCCUUCAGACCUACCGCCCCGCCACGGAGCGCCGCUCCACACGCCCCUCCGCACCGCUGGCAGCGCUGAACGGCCUCAUGGAGCACAGCGCUCGCGAACGCGCCGGCCCCGGCUUGGGAUGGGCCCGGCUGGGCCUGGCCGCGGCCUGGCCGAAAGUGGCGGGGCCCAGCGCGGCCCCCGCGGGCGGCUCGUCCCAGGCGAGCCCGCCCUUCUCCUUGCUGCGCGUGGUGUCGCAGCUGCUGUCGCCGCUGCCCGCCCUCCUGCAGCGGCUGCUGCCGGGAGCCGCGCUGAGCUCCGCGCUCUGCCCCGCCAAGGCGCCGCUGGUGCUGCUGCCCAAGGCGGACACCUCGCUGGGCUGGGCCGAGGAGGAACCCCCGGAGAAGCGACCGGAGAACGGCGCCGAGCCCCCGGCGGGGCUGUGGGGAGCCGGGCUGGCUCGGACCACCAUGGCAACGCUUCCCAUGGAUUAUUGCUACGUGCUGGGCUUGGAGCAGGGCAAGAACCACCUGCCCCAGCCCCUGCGAGCCGAGGGCUUGCCCGAGGUUGAGUUCCUGCGCAGCAAGCGCCUGGCGUUCCUCCAGCCCUGGCGUCUGCCCGUGCCCGACCCUGACCACGGCUACCACAGCCUGGAGGAGGAGCAGCAGCAGCAGCUCAGGGAUAUCCGCCCCGAAUCUGGCUCUGGUGGGGAUUUGGAGCAGCCCGGAGGUGUCCCCGUGGAGCAGGGAGAUGCUGAGGAGGAGGGGGAAGCCUUGGCCGGAGAGGAAGGUGAGGAGGACUCGGAAACAGAGCAAAACUUCCAAAUAUCGGCCAGACCUGCGUGUGCGAAUAAAUUAAUCGAUUAUAUCAUCGGGGGAGUAUCCAGCGGGGAGGAGAGUGAGGAUGAGGAGGACUGGGAUGAUGAUGAGGAUGGUGGUGAUGAAGGCGAUGACGGGUUUGACAGCGAGGAGCUGCCCUCGGACUCGGAUUCCGUCAGCCAGGACGGCGAGAGGCUCCAUCUGUGGAAUUCCUUCUACAGCUUGGAUCCCUACAACCCCCAGAACUUCACAGCCACCAUCCAGACGUGUUCCAGCGAGCCGGGAAAGGAAAUGUCGGACACGGAGGAGGAGGAGGAGGAGGAGGAAGAUUCGUGGGCAGAGUCCUCCGAGGGCUCUCCCAGCUCGGAUGAGGACGAGUGGGACUGCGACAACAGCGGGGAUGAGGCGGAAAACUUGAAACUCUGGAACUCGUUCUGUAGCUCGGAGGAUCCCUAUAACCCUUUGAAUUUCACGGCAGCCUUUCAGACAGCGGAGAAAAAAGGGACAGAGGAGAAAAAAGGGACAGCGGGUUUACAAGGGGCAGAGAGGCCGAGCUCUGUCCCCUCCGAGCACUUCAGCGUGUGCAGGGUGCAGCUGGAAAAACGCGACAGCGACCCCGCCAAAACUGCGAAUUCCAAGCGGAAAAAGGUGACAUUUGUGGAGGAGGUGACCCUGUACCUGAUCAGCAGUGAGGAGGACAGGAGGGGUCCCUGGGAGGAGCUGGCCCGCGAUGGCUGCAGGUUCCAGAGGCGCAUCCAGGAGACUGAAGAAGCCAUUGGCUACUGCCUGAGCCCAGAGCACAGACUGAGAGCGUUCCACAGGCUGCAGCAAUCCCAGAGGACUGAGCCCUUCUAGAACCUUCUGCAGUUUUUAUCAUUUGGAGACCCUGGAAAUCUCAACCACAAGUGGCAGCUGCAUGUGCUGAAAUGGGGGAGAAAAAUGGGAUUUUUUUAUCCCUGGUUUUGUUGUUUGUUUGGUUGGUUUUUUUUUUAAGUUUGAUGUUGAACAAAAAAAUUCUGAUUUUGGUACAAAAAUCCCUCUCAGAUUCCAGAGGGGGCUUUAAUUGCAUUCCUGUUAUUAAUGAAUUAAUUAGCACUUGACAGAACCCAAAAAUUCCUGCCACACUUUGGGAGAGUGGGGACUGUUCUGUUGGAUUUUUUGCACUUUGGAGAAGUAAAAACAAAACCAGAAAAUAACAAAAAAAAAAAAAAAACAAAGCAAAACCUAUUUUGAAGGAAAUAUUUAUGGGAUUCAUUCCCUGGAAUUGCAGUUUUGAUUUGAAAUUCCCUGAGGGAUGUGCUAGUGAAAGUUUUUAAUUUUUUUUUUUGUGUGUUUUUCCAGCUUCUGCAAAAACCUCAUUUUAAAAAAUCAUUUAUGGGGAUUUUUCCCACUUUGUAAAUUUUUAAAUUUUUUUUUUUUUGCAUGGAAUAAUCCAAAAUUUGAGUUUGAAUAUUCCAGCCAAGCUUUGCUUUGAUUGAUUUCAGUAAUUCCUUUUUUUUUUUUUUUCUUUUUUUCCAGGAUUAUUCCAGAAAGUUCUGGCUGCUUAUCCAACAAAUUCCUCAUCCCAAUUAAUAAUUAAAUUAAAACUUAAUGAGGAUGAUGCUUGAAUUUAGGGAGGGAAAAUUCCUUAAUUAUUGAAUUAAUCUUUGCUGUAAUUCUGCUUUGGGAGAGGGAUUGAAAUGAAUUUUUAUAUCCUGAUAAUUUUCUUGGUUUUUAAGGAAAUUAUCUUGGAUUUAAGGAAAUUUAAAAACAAAAAAUUCCAUUUUUUUUUUCCCCAAAAAAUCAGUAUUAACUCUUUGUGUCUGCACUGGGGUCACCAAAAAACAUUUCAGUGAAAGGACAAAACUCUUUAUUUAUCUUCUUAAUUUAAAAAUAUUAAAUUAUUUUCAUCAGAAUCAUUGAGGGGGAAAAAAAAUAAAAAGGUGUUUGGAGGUGGAGGUUGGUGUGGGAAUUUUCCAAGCAGGGAAUAAAAAUGGAAAAAUUCCAAUGUUUGCACAAAGUUGGGUCAAUAAAUCAAUUAUUUGUUCAGCUGGCCAGAAUAAUUUCCAUUUAGUAGAAUUAAAAAACAAACUUUAAAGUGUUUCAAACUCCUUAAUUCCUUCAGGUUUUAAUUUGAGAAAAUAAUUCAUUAAAUAAUUUAUUCCUGCUUUAUCCUGACUUUAAAAUCCCAAAAUUAUUUGGAUUUAUCCUUUAUUUUUGAGUUGAAAAAUCCCCUUUUUGUGGUGCAAUCAGGAAAUUAAUUAAUUUAAUUAGAAUUGUGUCAAUUCAAAUUCCAGCUGUUUCCUAUCC